CCAAAGCAGGCGUGGCUCAGGUUUUGCAGGAUCCGCCUCCACUUGCAGGGAAAUAACAUUCCCGCUCGUGCGGCUCCGGUUGUCCGGCUUAAAGCAAAGUCCCCAUGGCCGAGGAGGUCUUCCAGAAGGCCCGAGGCAGGACCUUGAGCGUUUUCCGCGAAGACGUGGAGAAGGAAUGGAAGGCCCCUUUCUACUUCAUCCAGGGAGCGGACCCUCAGUUCGGGCUGAUGAAGGCCUACGCCAUCGGCGACUGUGACAGCGGAGGGGACGAAUGGGACCAAGAGCUGAAGCUCACGCAGCAAGCAGUACAGGCCGUCAACCAGCUGGAUCCGAAGCCUAAGUUCUUUGUGAUCUGUGGAGAUCUCGUGCAUGGCAUGCCAGGGACUCCUUGGCGAGAGGCGCAGACCCGUGACUUGAAAAACGUUCUGAAAGGCCUCCGUCGCGACGUCCCGGCGGUGUUUGUCAGCGGUAACCACGACCUCGGGAACGUGCCGACUCCGGAAACUAUUGACGAUUAUUGCCGACAGUGGGGAGACGAUUACUUUGCCUUCUGGGUGGGGGGAGUUUUCUUCCUUGUCUUGAAUUCUCAGCUCUACUUCGACCACUCGAAAUGCCCGGAACAGAAGAAGGCUCAGGAUGCAUGGCUGGCCGAGCAGCUCGCCCUGGCAGGGAAGAGAGCGUGCAAGCACGCCGUGGUGUUCCAGCACAUCCCCUUGUUCCUCAAGUCGCCUGACGAAGAACAGGAUUACUUCAACCUGGAGAAGUCGGUCCGACAGGAGUUGUUGGACAGGUUCCGCCAAGCAGGCAUUAAGGCCGUGUUUUCUGGGCAUUACCACCGAAAUGCUGGAGGGUCCUACAAAGAUCUCGAGAUGGUUGUUUCGUCUGCUAUAGGAUGCCAGCUGGGAGAAGACACCCACGGUCUCAGAGUGGUGGUGGUGACUGCUGAAAAGAUUGUCCACAGAUACUACAGUUUAGACAAACUGAGCAGUCAAGGGAUCGAGAAAGAUCUGAUGGAUCUAAUGAAGCACAAUUAGUCCCUUUCUUCCUGUGCCAAAACAAAUUUGACCAGUCCAGACAGGGUAAUUCAGCUGUAUAGUUCCACUCUGUUCCACCCUACUGUUUAAUACCUUAGGAACUAACUAACCAGUAAGCAUCUAUCCCCCUAAACACUAGUGUAGAAGGUUGAGAAAAGAGAGUUCAGUUUCACUUCUGUGGUGUAUGUAAAUCUUGAGUUGUACAAUAAAAGUAACGGCAGUGCUA